UGGAUGUGUUCUUCACAUUGAUGUUGGUCCUAUGAAGGUGUUCAUAGUAAAGGAUGAGUUUUUUUCCCCAGAGAAUGAGGGUGAUCUUCAGAAGGCUCUAGGUGUGGUUCUGGAUCUCCUGGACUACUCCAGUUGGAGGAGCAACUUGGAUGUCUGGAACCAUUUGAUGAACAUCAUCAAGAGACUGAGGAUGAAAAAACAAUGGCUGAAGAUUUUUGCAGAGGAGAUGGGGUACAGAAAGGACUGGUGGCUAGCAAUACACUUCUCAACAUUCCAGGCCAGGAAAGAUUUGGCAGAGAAUAGAGAGCUACUGGAAGUGAAGAGCUUUGUUGUUGGAGCCUUUUGUCCUCACUAUGCCUCCAUGUACUGCGGUGUUGGUAAGGCAGCCCGAAAAGGAGUAACUUCUGAUGCUCGAAAGGCUAAGAGGAAUCCUAAACCGCUAAAAAAUAUAAGAAGGCUCAGGAGAGAAAGGGGACAGCAAAGCCAAGACUGACCUUGAGGAAGCUCCUGGAAUGCCACCAGGCACAGUGGCGAGAACAAACAUUUUGAAAAUUUGUGAAGAGCUUCUACCAUUGCCAAGAUCGGCAGGCAUGACCACCUCAUACAGUCAUCAGGUCAGACACUCUCCCCUUCCAUGACAGGUGUCCCAACUUCAUUAUUUUUCUUGUCUAGAAUGUUCUUGGUUAUCUGCAUACAGUAGUUGCAGCCACGAUGACCAUU